CUUUGAAGCCACACCCCCUUAUACAUUUUUGUACACAAGAGAAAACUGAAAUCAUUUGUGAUGAAGAUAUUGAUCAAGACUCUAAUUGCUCUCUUCUUCCUGCUCUCGCUAUUACAUAAUUCUGAUGGACAGUUCCAAGACUAUUGCAUAGCGGACGAGCAAACCCCGGAGGAUGUGCUGGACCAAGCCAUGAAGUGGGCUUGCAGCAAUGGCGCGGACUGCAGCGCCAUCAGAGAGAAUGGGCCGUGCUACCUUCCUAACACAGUCAAGGACCACUCCUCAUAUGCAUUCAACAGCUACUAUCAAAACAUGAAGCACAAAGGAGGCAGUUGUUAUUUCAAUGCUGCUGCACUUAUAUCUGAUCUCGAUCCAAGUCACAAUUCAUGCAAGUUCGAGUCUCUCCCAUGAAAUCUGUUCGAACCCAGGCCAAAACUCGUUAUCAAAGGCUUGUUUAGCAUAGAGUGGUAUAUUUGAAUGCUGUAUCUUUAAAGGCAGUAGUUUUAUGGAAAAAUAGACAUGUAAUUUGGGCCCUAUUGCUCGUUAAAGCUCAAUUAGACAUUUCAGUCUUUACAUUCGCUAUGUGAUUCUAAC